AUGUUUGGACAUACCUCGCCUGUUUGUACGACGGUGCAGUAUUUAAUUAAACAGAAUUCUUGGAGGCCUUGUCAUCUGUGUGUAAGAUUGCUAUCGUCGCAAACACAAGAAAAACUUGCAAAUGAAGGGCCCAUGGACUUAUAUUUACAGAAAAUAGCUAACGAUGUCUUAACUACUGACCCACACCAAGAAAAAGUUGUGCAGCAACUUCAAAAUGUUUACCAAGAGGUAGUUAAAUUUAAAAGACCCGCCUUAAACUCAAAUCGUGGGUCAAUAUUCUCUUUCUUCAAGAGAAGCGAACCCCAAAAGAUCAUCGCUCCUCAAGGCCUGUAUAUUUAUGGAAGUGUUGGUGGUGGAAAAACCAUGUUAAUGGAUUUAUUUUAUGAAACCAUUCCUAUCAAAGAGAAAUUAAGAGUUCAUUUUAACUCAUUCAUGUUAAAUAUCCAUUCAAGGAUUCAUGAGCUUAAAAUCAAAUCUGGGAAAGGGGCCAGCUCAUUUAAGGACGAAGGAACAAAAUUGUUUGAUCCAAUACCACCUGUGGCAGCAGACAUUACACAAGAGUCAUGGCUUAUUUGUUUUGAUGAAUUUCAGGUAACUGAUAUUGGUGACGCAAUGAUUUUAAAACGCCUAUUUACACAACUUUUUGACAAUGGCUGUGUUGUUAUUGCAACCAGUAACCGGCAGCCAGAUGACUUGUACAAAAAUGGACUGCAGAGAGCCAACUUUCUACCAUUCAUACCCAUUCUUAAAUCGCAUUGCAAUGUUAUUCAGCUUGACUCUGGUAUUGAUUAUAGAUUGCGUGGAACUGGUAGUAAGUUUGGGAAGUACUUUAUCAAUAGUGAAUUAACCCCAGAAAGCAAUGGAGUGGAUAAUCUUUUUAAGUUUUUAAUUUCUCAAGAAAAUGACACAGUCAGAGCUAGGGUGAUAAAUAUAUUAGGAAGAAAUGUAAAGUUUGCUAAAAGCUGUGGACGCGUAUUGGACUCUACUUUUGAUGAACUAUGUGAUCGACCCCUUGGUGCUAGCGAUUAUUUAAUUUUAUCCAAAACUUUUCACACUGUGUUCAUUAGAGAGCUGCCACAAUUAUCAAUAGUUAAACACAGAUCGCAAAUACGAAGGUUCAUAACGCUGAUUGAUACUUUUUAUGAUAAUAAAGUGAGGGUUGUCAUAGCAGCUGAUUGCGAGCCGAAGAAACUGUUUAACCUUGAUGAUGUCAAGGACAGUUAUGGUGACGCUGAUAGAGCCCUGAUGGAUGACUUGAGUAUAACAAAAGAUUCGGAAGAUUCAAAAGCAGCUAUAUUCACUGGCGAAGAGGAAAUGUUCGCUUGUGAUCGAUGUUUAUCACGCAUAAUGGAAAUGCAAACGGACGAGUAUUGGGAGAAAUGGGGCAAAAAUAUAUGA